AUGUAAUUUCUCGCUUUUCAGACCAAGAUGAAUCGGUUCCUGGUCCUGCUUGUCGUGUUGUCUUUGGUCCUGGGCCUCGUCACUGCUAGGUCAGAACCAAGAAAGAACAAAGGGAAGAACAAAGAAGGCGGAAGAAGAGAAAGAAAAGGCAAUAACGAGGCUGCAACCACACAAGAGGAAGGUUGGAUAUGGAGUGAAUGCGUGCCAAAUGCGGGGUCAUGCGGCAAGGGACAGAAAAUCGGUAACUGCACCGGAGAACUCUGCGAGGUCCCAGCCAAGACGGUCGACUGUCGCGUCAGAUGCGUAAAGGAAACGGAUACUACCGAAGCCGUGAUCGCGGGCGACGGUGAAGAAGCGGUCAAUGCGACCGCUGCUCCAGCUAAAGGCCGCGGUAAAGGGCGUCGACCGGGUAAGGACGGAAGGGGGAAAGGAAAUAACAACGAAGGAACGGAAAAUGGACGGAGGCCGGAGAAGGGCGGAAGGGGGAAAGGAAAUAAGACCGAAGGGACGGAAAAUGGACGGAGACCAGAGAAGCCAUCACGAGGAAACCGCAAACCCAACAAGAAUGAUAAACCAGCAAAGACUAAAGAAUGCAAAUACUCCCGGCCGACAUUUUCCGAAUGCGACCCGAUCACAGAACGAAAGAACUUAACCAAGGUCAUCAAAGGAACACCAACCCCAGAUUGCCCGGAAGUAGUCGUUGAGUCUGUGCGAUGUGAUAGAAAGAAAGACAGACAUGAAAACCAAAAUUGCAACUACACCAUGGGUGAGUUUGGACCUUGUAACGAGACAACAAACCUCAGGACCAGACUAGACACCCUGACCGAUCCCACCGAGACAUCCGAUGAGUGUAGUCUGUUAAGGACUGUGGAAGAAAAAUGCCGUAGAUCAGAGGGUCGUGAUAAGCCGGUGCGAUGCAGAUAUAACUGGGAUCAGCCCCCAACCUGUGAUGAAUCCACCAAUAAAAUCAACAUGACUGGCUCGCUUGUGAGCGUAGAGGGUGCCCCAGCUGAUUGCGAAGCCACCAAGACACACGAAGUACAUUGCAAGAAAGCAAAGGUGCCAUGUAAGCUUGGUGAAUGGGGUGAAUUCUCUGAUUGUAUCGAUGGAAUGAAGACUCGAACCCGCAAACUGCAGAAAGGUCCCCACUACUGUCAUCGACUCAUCAGGGAGGUCGCUGCGUGCGAAUGAAAAACGGAUUCUAACCGCCCUUUAAGUUCUUAAAAGUUAUAAAAUUCAUGUUUUUAGUACUUGUGUAUAGUUUAUCCGUGGUGCUAUAGUUUCCGAAGGCCAAGUCUACCCCAAAAUAAUUUGAAUUGAGUUGAAAUUGAAAUUGAAUAACACUCAGAAUUUCAUUAAAAAAAACUUAAUACUUUAUCUUGAAACAUGUGUUAAAAGAAAUAUCAUUCUUAGUUUCAAGAAACCAUUAUUUUGGCUACAUUUGCAUAAUUAUAUUGUACAUGACUUUGUGUGCAAAGGGGCUCGAGAAGCAGUGGGUCAAGAUCGAAUUGGCGGAGCAUUGGGUGCGGUCUUGAUGGGAUGGGCUGGGUAAUGAGUGUGUUCACGAUCGAAUGGGCGGAGCAGUGGGUGUGGUCUUGAUGGGAUGGGCUGGGUAAUGAGUGUGGUCAGGAUCGAAUGGGCGGAGCAGUGGGUGAGGUCUUGAUGGGAUGGGCUGGGUAAUAAGUGUGGUCAGGAUCGAAUGGGCGGAGCAGUGGGUGUGGUCGCGAUGGUAUGGGCUGUGGGCCAUUGAGCAAUGAUAGGAGGAAUUUUUGUUACUUCUUUCGAGGGUUUUAAGAUAAAUAUACUCGAUAACAGAAUUCGAAUAGAAAUUGCAGUUCAUUCGUCUGAAUUAUUAUGCAAGUACGAUUUAUUGUGUGUGAAAAAUGUAAAACGAUUUGAUUUUUGAUGAUGUAAUGUUAUUGAUCUCUGAAUAAAAACUUUUGUGUUAUUAAUAA